AGAAGAUUGAUGGAUCCUCCAGGGCAGGCUGAGCGGGGGAUCUGAAUCCCUAAAAUCGCAGUGCAAUGGCGGCAGAAGUAGGAGACAAGAAUGGGAGGAGAGGCAGCCCCACACUGCUGCACUGUUGGUUCCUUUCAUCUCCAUCAACUUUUGAUGAUAAAGUAUGUAGCUGGGUUGAGUGAACACAAUUGCUAUGCAGAUUACAGCCAAGAAAGAAAAACAAAGUUGUAGCCAUGCAGAAGGUUCGGAGGUUAAAGGAAAUGUUCAAAAGGAAGAAGAAGGAAGAAAGUGAACCCGAGACCCCAAGUCCAGACAAUCAGCCAAAUGGUGAUAUCCAAAACUCUGGUCCAAUUAUUUAUUAUAUUUAUGAAUCUGAAGAAGAGGAAGAAGAAGAGAAGAAAGAAGAACCCCCUCCAGAGCCCCCUCGGCCUGUCAAUGACAAGCCUCAUAAAUUCAAGGAUCACUAUCUGAAGAAGCCUAAGUUCUGCGAUGUGUGUGCCAGAAUGAUAGUUCUAAACAACAAAUUUGGACUGAGAUGCAAAAACUGCAAGACAAACAUUCAUCACCAUUGUCAAUCCUAUGUGGAGUUCCAGAAAUGUUUUGGGAAAAUUCCUCCUGGUUUCCGCCGUGCAUACAGUUCUCCUCUGUACAGUAACCAACAAUAUGCAACUGUAAAGGAACUGCUGCCUUUCUCUGCUGCCAAUCGCACAGAUCCUGUGUUUGAUACUUUGAGAACUGGGGUCAUUAUGGCAAAUAAAGAACGAAAAAAGGGUCAAGAUGACAAGAAAAAUCCUGCUGCAAUGAUUGAUGAGGAACCAGAGCCCCCAAAACAAGAGGAAGGAAAGCAGGAAGGGGAUUCUCCUGAUGGCGACAAGAAAGGAGAUAAAAAUGCACAGGAUGCAAAGAAUAAGAAGGCACAACCUGGUGUACGGGGGGGAUUCAUGCAGUCUCACUAUUUUGUUGCACUUUACCGUUUCAAAGCACUGGAGAAGGACGACCUAGAUUUCCAAGCUGGAGACAGGAUUGCAGUCAUUGAUGACUCCAAUGAAGAGUGGUGGAGGGGUAAAGUAGGUGAGAAAACUGGCUACUUUCCAGCUAACUUCAUCAUUCGUGUGCGAGCUGGUGAAAGAGUAUACAAAGUAACCCGAUCUUUUGUGGGAAAUAGAGAAAUUGGACAGAUCACCCUAAAAAAAGACCAGAUUGUGGUACAGAAAGGUGAAGAAGUAAAUGGUUAUAUCAAAGUCUUGACUGGACGCAAGGUGGGACUCUUCCCAGUAGACUUCCUGCAAGAAAUAUGAAGAAAAGAGAACAACUUGCUGACAACUUGACAAAAGUGGAACAUGACAUAAUGAUUGACAUAAUGAUCACAUCCAUCUCUGAGCUAUGUGAGAGAAUAUUACUGGGAAAUAGAGCUCAUUGCCUUUACUAUCUGGAUGUGAGAGUUCUUGACAACUUGUUCUUUUAGCUCUGCCUGAACUAGGGCUGGUAUCACCUAGAUAUCAACUAAUCCAAACUUAUACAGUUCACUGGAUUUUGGGGUGUAAAGGCGUACAUGUGUUAUCGGUCAAACACUAUAAAAACUAUGCAAAUUGAUCGGUAAACUUGUUACUGGUCCAACAUGCCCAAUAUUAAAAAGAUUCUUGUCAGAAAAAUGACAGAAAAAAGUGUUAUUAUAGGGACUCUAGUGUCCUUGGCCUCUUUAAAAAUAUACAUACAAGAAUCAGUGUUAUCUGAAAUGUUAUUGUCCUGUCAAAUCCCAGAAUUACCGUAUAAGUAACAUAUAAAAAGGAUAUUUUACAAACAAUAAAACGUACAGAACACAACUCCUCUUUGUGGUACUAUACACACAAAAACAUAUGGAAUAAUGGAAUAUUUAAUGAAUAGUUUGCAUUAUGUUAAAGCCUUAGGAUUUCUUCUGUUAUUAAUUGAAAUAUUUCUACCUUUGUUAAAUGUUUCUGCUUGCCUUAUAUUUGUAGAUUGAAUUCAUUAUAAAACUAACGGGACACCAAAGAUAUUACUUGACAGAGUUUUGUAUAGUCUUUUUGUCAUAUUGGAAAAAGCCAUUGUCCUAGUACCCUCCUGCAGGGGUGGACUGACCAUUACAGCAGUGCCCAAUGGUCCAUGGCUUGAGGGGGGCCAAGAGCUCUUCGGUCAGUUCUAGUUAUAAAGUUUAACAACCUAAAAAAAUAAAAAAUAAAAACAUUUUAUCAACCUAAGUCAAGUCCAGCAUAGCUAUAGUGGUUGAUGUGGAAACAAAAAUCUUUAAUGCCCAGAGCCCCUGAUGAACUUCUACCUUCAUUGAGUAGAAUUUCUAAUUAAUGUGUUUACCACCAGUUUGAUCUGCAGAUCGGUAUAAAUGUCCAUAAAAAACAGAGUGGACAAAGCUUUUGUCUGUUGGGUACUUGUGCUAUACCUUACAUAAUUUGGCUCUAAAUCAGUAAUGAUACAUUUUACAGGAAAAUCAAAUUUUUAGAAAUGUUAAGAAAUAUAAUAUGAAUAAUAAUAACUACAAUAAGCCCCAACAUGUUCAAAAUGUGAAGUAAAAAAAAUAAAUAAAUAAAAAAAA